AUGGCGUCUCUUGAUUGGGAGUCUCAUAAAGCUGAGAUUCAACGUCUUUAUAUCGAUGAAAAUAAGAAAAUAUUGGAAGUGGUUCACGAGAUGAAAUUCUCUCGAAAUUUUAUUGCAAGCGAAUCCUCAUACCAGCGAAAGUUGAGGGAAUGGGGAAUUAGGAAGAAUCGUUUGGGAAAAGCGAACUGGAAGGUUAUUGACUAUAAGAUAAAAAAGAAGAAGCAACAGUCGGGGAGGAGCCCACAAGUUCACAUUGAUGGUAAAUUGUGUCCUCCGCAAAAGGUUCGAAAAGAAAUAGCACGUCAGGCGUUCUGUUCAACCAUCGACAAGCUUUCUGUCCAAAUUGAUAUACCGUCACCAAUGACACCCGAUGGAAUUCAAGUAUGCUCUCCAGCAUCAUCUAAUUCCCCUAACCCGUGGCCGUUAGGCUCGCCUUGGCUCGAAUUUUUAAAUAUCCUUCCUUCGGACGUCUUUAAACGUAAAUUGAACAAUUUCACAUAUUAA